AUGGAGAAGUUGAUUAAUUCAAAAUACAAGAGAGAGUCUAAAAUAAUCAAUGCCGCACAUCCAAGGACCUUCCGAGACUCAACUUUGGUUCCAGAUAAAGACGUUCUGCAAGUGGUCUACGACGUUUAUUCACUGAUAGAAGCAGAUUCCAGUCCCUCAGUUCCUCGCGUUAAUUUGUUGUUCCUACAUGGCAGUGGUAUGAGUAGGUGCAUUUGGGAGUACUAUGUGGCCCACCUUGCUGAUUGUAGACUCAAUUGGCGCAUAGGAAAAAUUGUACUGAUGGAUCAGGUUACUCACGGUGAUUCAGCUGUAUUGAAUGCAGAUAAGCUUGGUGUGAAUUACGAUUGGGUUGAUGGAGCUAGGGACGCAUGUAAGGUGGCUCAAAAUGAAUUCCUUGAUGGUGUGCCUGCAUAUAACGUCGUCAUAGGUCAUUCGAUGGGAGGUUUUCAGGCUUUAAGUUGUGGUAUCUUGGUACCGAACUUAUUCCAACUCAUCCUGCCUAUUGAACCUGUUGCUUUGAUGUACAAUGCCAAGGGAUCGAAUAACGAAUAUACAACCAUACCCAAGAAAUUUUUUAAAGCCUUGAGUGGUAAAACAAAAGAUCACUUUAACAGUGAAUCAGAGUACAUUACGUUUAUGCGGAAGGGUAGUUUCUUCCCAAGGGUUCAUUCAGAGAUUUUAUCGCGGAUCAUCGACUUCGAAAGAAUUUAUCUCCCUGGAGGAGAAAUUAAAACUAAGAUGGAACAACGGCAAAAUCUGCUUUGUUACCUCACUUUGUUUCCAGGCGCAAAAUGGCUUUUGGGCUCAUUGAAGUUCAUGAAAGCACCGGUUGUGAGUAUUGAAGGGGGUAUUUCAAAAUGGUGUCCGAAAGAGAAUCAAGAGACUUUAGAAAGAUUAAUUCCGAAUUACACAAGAGAUAAGAUCCCAGACGGUGAUCAUCUAUUGAAUAUCGAAAUGCCAGAUGAGACUUUGGCUAGAAUUCUUUGCCAUAUCUCGAGGUUUAUCGCAUCACAACCUCCAAAAGACUCCACAAUGGAUCUCAACAUGGAUCAAAGAAGAGGCCGCUUUGCUAAUGAGUAUGCACUUUACUGCGAUUUGAGAGUCCAAGAUCGUCCUUUAGAGCUUUCGAAAUUCUAG